GAAGUCUUUAGUAAAAUAGAAAAAAUUGUUGUGACUACGAAAAAUGCAUCAUUUUAUCAAAAAAAUACUAAAGAUUCAAUUUAUAAUCGGUUAAAUUUCAAAUCAUUAAUGGUGUUUAGCGUUUGUUUUGGUUUUGAUUGUCUUUUUUGGCGGUGUUCGUGUAUCAAGCGCAUGUGCAUAUGCGAUGCACUGCAAUUUUCCAUCCAUCAGCUCUUCUCUCUUUCCGCAUGUAUGUAUGCAAGUAAAGAUGAAGUGAAAAGAGAUGAAUCGCAAACACGGCAUCGUCGUACCGCACCAACAAUCACACCUACUUGACAAAUAAAUGAGAUUACAAACGAUUUUUUGCCCGUCGCCAAACUUUUUUUUCGGGCAUGACUCGAAUUUUAGCCGACCCGUGCUGAGUUCGGUAUAAUUUGAUAAUCAAAUAAUAAUUAUAUAAGUGAUUAAACAGAAUUGUUUCGUAUAAGUGAGUCGGUUAAUUGGUGUAUACAAAUCGUGACCCAUUUACUAUGAAUACAACUAGUCAAUUACGGCUAAUCGUAACAACAGAACCAGAGAAAAGUUACAACAUAAAGUCAAGUUCACGGCUUAAUUAAUAGUGCCAGUCCAAAACCCAUAAACUGUAUGCAUCAAUUGCAAUCACAGCGUAACAUGUAGCUACGUGCAACAUACAAAGAAAAUAAUCAGUCAGACUCACACUUUUGGAUUAUCGAUUCAACAGAAUUUAUCAUUAUUGAGAAAAAUUCAACGUUUUUCAACGAAUUAACGUUCAUAGUGAGAAAAAUCGGACGUGAAAUCGAUUCCCGGAGUUGAAAGAAUGGAUAUUCAUUAGAAAAAAAUGAAUUGUUCUUCAGCACAUCGACAAAGUUCAGUGGAAUAAUCAUAUUUUAUUGAGAAAAUUCAAUAUUCAAUUCAAAAUCCAAUAAAACGAAAAAUUGUUUAAAUCCAACAGAACCAAAUCAGGAAAGUUUUUUGAACGUACAAGCGUUCAAGCCUCCAUUUAUAUAAAGAAUAGUGAAAGUAGAAAAAAAAUCAAACAUUACAAUAUUCCAACGCUACAUCAGUGAUGCAACGUAUUUUUUUAUUUGCUGAACUAACCAAAAACUCACUAAAUUCCAUUGUGGAAAGAAUACGCCAAUAGAGUGAAGUGGAAGCAAAAAUUAUCACUCGCAUACGUAUUUCGCGGAAACUGUGGGUUAAAAGAUCACAAUUUUGCCAGUUGUCACAGAACGGGUUUUCGUACUAGCGACAAACUGAUUAAUGUAAGGCUAAUAAAGGAGCCACUUCGAGUAAAAUUCACAAAAACCGCUUAACGAGUCAUCAUUAAAAAUAUGUGAAAAACUCAGUGUGACGGAAUCACCAGCGUAUUUUAUGGCAGCACAAACAAAUUGCUGAGAUUAAACACUCCGACACGAUCGAUGAGUGCUACAAUUCGUGGAAAUAGUUCAAAAAAUUAUGUUGCUGAUGAGAAAAGCAGCGAAACGGGUCAUUAUCACAGCGAUUUUACUAUGCGCACUCUACGGUGUCUACGCAUUUUACAUUGGCGGCGAGCCACUCGAAUAUCGAAACAAUCGGUAUAAAAUAAAUAUAAUCGAAGAUGGGAUUUUGUCGCAGGAGAAUCAAAAUGAAUGCCAUAUGCCAGAUUUGCCGGUGAAUUCGCCGGAGAUGACAGCAUUUUUGAAAAAUGAGCCGCCAAUUCAUUGUGAUGAUGUUGAAAACUGGGUCUCUUGCGGUACUGAUCGAAAGAUGCCAUGGGUUUGUUGGAUAGAAAAUUCGAUCAUCGAUCGGUUAGGGCCCAUAACAUGUGAUUUUGUCGAAAUUCUUCGGCCGGAAAAUGACUUUGAUGUGGAGCAAUCUGCACGAAUUCGAUCCAAAGAAUUUUAUGAACUCAAAAAUUCUGACUUCGUCAGAGCCAAAUGCUGGACAGAUGACCGAGACAAUCGUCAGUUUUGGAAGGGUAUUUUGACGGGGAUACGGAAGGAGGUUUAUGAACGAGCACUGCCCGAAGUUACCAAAGAGUUGCCAUUUAAUGUAAUAAUGUACGGUUUCGAUUCGCUGAGUCGAAACGCAUGGAUAAGAAAAUUACCGACAGCCUACAAAUAUAUGACGGAACAUUUGAAUGCCGACGUACUUCAGGGAUACAACAUUGUUGGUGAUGGAACUCCUCAAGCACUUAUACCGCUCCUCACCGGCUUCACAGAACUAGAACUGCCUGAGACCCGCAAACGAAUUUCCGAUUCCGGUUUCGUGAACUCAUAUCCAAUGAUAUUUUUUGAAUACGCCCGGCGAGGCUAUGUCACUGCGUUCAAUGAAGAUUUGCCAGAUGUAGGUACAUUUUCCUAUCGACUGAAUGGUUUUCAGGAGCAACCCACAACUCAUUAUAUGCGGCCUUUUUACCUGGCUUUCCAAAGCGAAAUCAAAAGACACAAACGACUUUGCGUUGGUGAUACACCAAGGCAUAAAGUCAUGUUUGACUAUACACAAAAGUUCAUGCAAGCCUAUCGUGAUCGAAGGCCACAAUUUGCCUUCAGUUUUCAUGGUGAACUCUCGCAUGACUCGAUCAAUUUGGUCGGUGUUGCCGAUAAUGAUCUAAAAGAAUGGCUUGAAGGACUAAAUAACAAUGGACUUCUCAAUCGAACUAUUUUGGUGUUGAUGGCCGACCAUGGCAAUCGGUUUGCCGAAGUUCGUAACACACUACAGGGAAAAUUGGAGGAGCGAUUGCCAUUCUUUAGUUUUAUUUUUCCCGAAGCAUUUAAAAAGCGAUAUUCCCAAGAAUAUGGCCACUUCAAAAACAAUUUACAUCGGUUGGUGACACCAUUUGAUGUGCACGAAACGUUUUUGGAUCUAUUGCGCGUCCAAGAAAACGAUGACCUAUUAAAGAAACAACCGGAGCAACCAAUGUCCAACGCAAAUAUAACGUACGAUCAAUUGGUGCGUGGAAAUAAGUUUAAUCGUGCGAUAUCACUAUUGAAGCCAGUGCCAAAAGAGCGUACUUGUGCUGAUGCGUACAUUGAGCCGCAUUGGUGUUCGUGUUUGAGUCUACACUACCUCGACACAAAUUCCGAUCUUGUGAAACGAGCCGCGAACGCUGUCGUCGACAAAAUCAACAUAUACACCAGCGAAGAGCGCCGUUCGUGUCACAUUCUAACACUUUCGAAUAUAACAUGGGCUGGUGCACUUCAGCCACGCAAAACAUUGCUCAAAUUCAAACAGAAUCGUGAUUUAGAUGGGUAUUUGGCCGAUUUAUCAUCGACCACCACAAAAAUUACCAAAGACUUGUACCAAUUGCAAAUUCACGUUAAUCCGGGCAACUCAAUCUUCGAGGCCAGUUUGACCCACAAUUUAUUCACCAAUCAAUUUAUCGUUAAUAUUACGGACGUGUCACGUAUCAACAUGUAUGGCGAUCAAGCUCGAUGUAUCAUCGACAAAAAUCCCGAUUUGCGGAAAUUCUGUUACUGCCGCUAAACUAUACACAAAAACAUAGAAAUAUUUGUAUUUCAUUCAGGAUUCAGUUCUAUUUUUGUGCACAAAAACCACUUUAAAAAAAAACGCUUUUUUCAACGACUUCAACGGAGUAUAGUAUUUGAUGUGAGAAUCAAAAGAAAAAGAAAAAAUAUACGUGCUAAAAUACGAUGAGCAUCGAUUUCAUUUAAGUCACUACUUAAGAUUUGGUGAUACAACUAAUUCUAGUUAAACAUUGAGCCAUAUCUCAAAUCAAAGACUUUUGCUUAAUCGUUCACAGAGAUGACUGAAGCGCACUCGAGCACUUGUGUUGUUUUUUUUUGUUUUUUUCUUCGUUCUACUUUACCUUUUUGGCCAAAUUUUUUUUUUUCUAUCAAUAUUUUGUCUAACAUAACAAAGAAUUCGUUUUCUGCCCUGAAAUGAGAGCUAAUAUUUGUAUUGUGCGGUCACACGCACUUAGUCAUUGCGCGUAUUAGCUCAAUUUUACAAUCGAUACUUUUGGGGAUUUUUCUUAGCAUACACCAAUGUAAAUGUGGUUUUUCAAAAGCCAUUCUUCGUUAUGUUAGACAAAAUAUUGAUACAAAUUUUUUUUGGCCAAAAAGGUAAAGUAGAACGAAGAAAAAACAAAACAAAUUAAAAACAAGAUGCCUUACAUUCGUAAGGUUAACCUUUCUACACUCCCAAAUAUAUAAUUUCCAAUCAAAUCCAAUUCUCCAUGCAUUGAAAUUAGGAAAGAAUCAUAUUUUAAUCAGACCUUAAUAUCGGAGCGAUUUCAAUACAGCGUACAGCGAUUUGCGUACAGCGUAUAGUGUACCGUGCAUCUACCCUACGACCCUAGAAUAACGAUAGAUUUUGCGAUUUUCGGCGAGAAAAUCUGGGGCGAUCCCAAUACUUUUUUUACACGACAUGGUCGUGUGGGAAAGUGAAAACAACACAAAUGCUCAAGUGGGUGCGCUUCAGUUAUCUCUGAUCGUUCAACGGAUAUACGGCCAAUUCAUCAAAUGGUUCUAAUUCGAAAACAUUUUCCCCAAUAGAAAAUGAAUUUGGAACGAAUCUAUUCGAUUAUUUUUGUUAAAAUUUUAAGUAUUUCGAAAUAUAUCAAAAAUAAUUCACUCUUAUAUAUCAAAAAUUGGUUAUUGAUCUAUUAACUAGGGAAUCGUGUUUUUUAUAAUUUAGGAAUAUUUAAAACUACGAAAUGGAAACUAUUGCUGUGCUUUGGCCAAUGCCAAACUUUUGUUCGUUUUUCUCUCUAUUUUUAUUAUACAAUUAAAUGUGAAUGGAAGUAAGCCUAUUGCGAUUAGACGCUUUUGCACCUUUAAACAUAAAUAUUCUUUGGAUAUUUUCAUAGGCAUGCUUCGCAUGAUGAGUCUCGGUCAAAUGUCUUUUCGCGUCUUAUGAUACAACCGUAAUGCUUAAGAAUCGGGUUUAAUUUUUGUUUUUCUUUUUAAUUAAGGAAUAGAAAUAGUAAAGGAUUAAGAGAAACGGCUUAAAUUUAAACCAUGAUCUCAUCAUAUCUACUGCACAAUUAGUUUCUAUUGUUUAGCCAGCACCAACAUUAUCAUUGUUUAAAUUUAAGUUGACAAAAAUAAAUUGUGAAACGAAACUUA